UUUCCGCCCGGAGCCUUCGCGGCGGCGCUCCCGGCCGCGCCGCUGAUUGGCCGCGCCCCGUCCCGUGCCCGGAAGCGUCGGCCACGCGAUGGGCAAGAAGCAGGCGCCGGGGCUGGGGCGCUCCCUCCGUCGCGGGGGCCGCCCGGGCGGAGCGGGAUGGCGCCACACGAGCGAGCUGAGCGAGCAGGGUCGCGGCCCGCCGCCGCAGUCGCUGACAGAGCAGAGCCCGCUGGAGGCCUUCCUGGCGGCGGCGGAGCUGGCGGGCGCCGCCUUCGUCGCUGAGAAGCUGAACGUGCGCCUGGCUCCCGGCUGCGGGGCUGCAGAGGAAGCCGGCCGGCUGCGGGAGGAGGAGGAGGAGCGGGUCCUGCGCAUCCCCAGAAGGCCACCAUGGGACAAACAAACAAGCCCUGCAGCAUUGAACCAGGCUGAAAGAGAGAGCUUCCUGAGGUGGAGGAGGCAGCUUGCUUGGCUGGAGGAAGAGGAGAACCUCCUGCUGACCCCGUUUGAGCGAAAUUUGGAUUUCUGGCGUCAGCUCUGGAGAGUCCUGGAGAGAAGCGAUGUCGUGGUUCAGAUCUUGGAUGCCAGGAACCCCCUCCUGUUCAGAUGCCGAGAUCUGGAAUGCUACGCUAAGGAAAUCAGCCUGGAGAAGGAGAACCUCCUCCUGCUCAACAAAGCGGACCUGCUGGGGGAGGAGCAGCGCUUGGCCUGGGCCCAAUUCUUCGAGCGGGAAGGGGCCCGCGUGGUCUUCUGGUCAGCCUUGGCAGAGGGGAACCGGCUGGGGGCCAACCUUGAGGAGCUGGAAACCAUGGAAGUGGCAGAGCCGGUUGGCCAGGGUGCCAGCCCGAGGGAGGAGCAGACCACCCACCGAGGGAGUCCCCCUGGCACCCAGCAGGAGAGCAACACGGAGGAAGAGGGUGACGUGUAUGAGGACUGUGAAGAAGAGGAGGAGGAAGCCUGGCUGACCUGCUCUGAAGAUGGGGAGAAUGAGACUCCCGUUGUGCCCUUGGAGAGAAGCAGGGCUGACCUCUCACAACCAGCAAUGCCCCCUCAGGACCUCCCUGUCAGAAACAGCAGCCGCCUGGUACAAAGAGAUGAGCUCCUGGAGAUAUUUAAAGCCGUUCAUGCUGGGAGGAAGAAGGUCAGAGAAGGAGAACUGACCGUUGGCUUGGUGGGCUACCCCAAUGUGGGGAAGAGCUCGACCAUCAACACCAUCCUCGGAAAAAAGAAGGUGUCUGUCUCCGCCACGCCAGGACGCACGAAGCACUUCCAGACACUGUUCGUGGAGCCCUCCCUUUGCCUUUGCGACUGCCCUGGCCUUGUGAUGCCCUCCUUCGUCUCCACCAAAGCUGAAAUGGUGUGCAGCGGCAUCUUGCCCAUCGAUCAGCUGCGCGACCACGUCACCCCCAUCAACCUCGUCUGCCAACGGAUCCCUCGGCCUGUCUUGGAAGCCACUUAUGGGAUCAGCAUCCUCCGGCCACGCGAGGAUGAGGACCCUGACCGGACACCCACACCAGAGGAGCUUCUCUCGGCCCUGGGCUGCAUGAGGGGCUUCAUGACGGACCACGGGCAGCCAGACCAGCCGCGCUCAGCCCGUCUGGUGCUGAAGGACUUUGUCACGGGCAAGCUGCUCUAUUGCCAUCCACCUCCGGGCACAGAUGCCAAGCUCUUCCAACGGGGUCUUGAGCGGCUUCGUCCCAGCAAAGAGGCAGCAGCACAACGUAACGGGGAGCAGGUGUCUGGCAGGGGCCCCAAGGCAAAGCAGAUGGAGAACCCAGUGGACCUGGCCUUCUUCCACCAGGAGAAUGUCCGGGCCCUGACCAGAGGCAACCGGGCUGGACUGGGCUAUCCAGCAGGGACAGCUGCUCACCCCCCUUCCGGACCUGACUUGGCUGAUGGAGCCGGGAAACCAUGGAAGAGGCACGGGAACAGGAACAAGAAGCAGAAGCUGCGCCGCCUCACCAGGCACCUGGAGGCCUGAUUGGGGGAGGCGGGUGGGGGGAGCAGAGGCUCCUGAGGCAAGGGGCUGUCCUGGUGCUCAACUGGGGCAUUCAGAAAUAAAGGACGUUCCUUAAUAGUAUCUCCUGAUCACUUGGGCUUCAUCAUCUCCUGAAUCAUCACGAAAGGAGACAGGCACCAAUCGGCUGGCUGACAGGAUUGGGUGGUUCUGCCAGAGAGGUGGGUGGGAUGGCUUUUUUAUGGGUUUUUUUAAAUUAUGCGCUGGAUUUAUCAAUUUUGUAAGCUGCCAGAAGCCGAACUGUAAUAUAACUUUGUUAAAUAAAAUAAAUGAAAUGUUGAGAA